GCCCCCCGCUUGUUGUGGACCGGCUUGUCUGUUUAGCAGUCAGUUCGCUUCGCCGACGCGCACUGCACGCGUAGCGCGACGCGCGUUCGUUAACCUCGUGCUUAAGAUCGAUUGUCAGCUGUCAAAAACAACUAACAUUUUCACUUGAUCGGGGCGUUUUCGGCACGUUCUACGCUCUGACAUGUGUCAAUAAGUGGAAUACAAAACGUUUCUAAUGUAUUUUCGUUAGUAAACUGCCGUGAUGAGAUGUCGCAUGUUUUUAUAGUGCAGUAAAGUGAUGUGAUCCCAAUAGUGUCGAUGUGUAUUGUUCGUUUAUAGUGUGCUUAUGCAGUUAUCAUGUUAAAUGUCGUUCAACGCUGAUAUGUCUGCUAUAAUUGGCGAUCUGAGAUGGCUGCACGACGAAGAUUUGUUCGCUCUGUCGUGGCAAAACGAGAUCGAAGCAGCCGAGGCUUGCAAAUGGCUAAGAGCGGCCGGUUUCCCGCAGUAUGCACAAAUGUACGAAGAUCUCCAAUUCCCCAUAGACGUGUCAGGAGUACAGAACGACCAUCCGUUCUUGGACGCGGAUUCCCUCCAGUCGCUGUUCAGGAGACUCACCGCUCUCAACCGAUGCGCCAAUAUGAAACUAGAGCACCACCAUCAUCAGAAGAGAUCGAACGACUCUGACGAUGAGCAAUGCGCGCUGAGUGAUAAAUGGCAGUACGAGAGAAAGUCUAGAAGGUGGUCAAGAGUCGUCGAAAUCACCCCACAAGCUCAAAGAAGAUUACAGGUGAUAGCAGCAAGAGCUCUAGCUGAGCGCGAAGCAAGAGAAGCCAGAGGUGAAGUGGAAGAUGAUGAAGACGAGACUCUGCCCACCAUCAGGGUGGGACUGGUGGACGCAGAUGGACAUUACACUGACGUUGAGCCGGAUCUUUUAAACAUUCCUGGUCAACCAGUAAUUCAGUUACCAAGCGACAAAGAAGAUGAAGAAGAAACGGGUACCCGUUUCCGAAGGACCGGCUCGGAAAGACUACGCGAUGGAGCCAAAGCAUUGCUUCGUAGAGUUGAAUCACUUAAGACUAGGAGAAGAAAACGCCAAAACAGAACCGAAGUUAUCGUAUCUUCGCCCCACUUUCUAGAUGUACAAACCGACCAGUACCCAGAUCUGAAUUAUAUUGAUAUGACACCGACCUCGCCAACAGCAUUCCCGUUCCCAGAUUUCCAUAGUUCACCAGCACACGCUGGUAUCCGAACUCAGCCCCCUUCUCCUAUGACCAUAAUGCCUCCAUCACCGAUAGCUCCUCUAGAACAAUCCUUCGUCCUGAACCCUCCGUUCGGUGAUGACAGUUCUUCAUACGCGUCAGAUGGCAGCAUGAGUUCUAGUAACAAGAGCUCCAAGUCGAAACUCGGCCGAGCCAAAAGGAUAUUUAACAGAGGGCUCAAGAAUGAUGAUUCAAGUGCUUUAAGUGAUUCAGAAUGUCAGCCGGCUAGUUGGAGACAUAAUUAUUACAAAGAAAUCAACACCCACAACACUGAGGUAUAUGUUGAACCACCAUCACCGGUAGAGCUAAAAGCGGAUCCUGAAAUAUUGCGGGAAGUACAAAAAUCUCCAGGGCACACUCCACAUAGGCGACAAGCAAUAAGGACGAGUUCAUUAAACCUAGGAAAGGAAGGACAAAAAUUCCGCGACAGAAGUCUGAAAAGGGACAAAUCUGCAUCAAGGAGCUCUGAGCUUGAUAGCAGUCCAAAUUCUGCGGGUUCCAGGUCUCAUGAUGGCGAUCAAGACGAUGACGAUGAUAGCCUCGAUCUGAAGAGUAAAAAGAGCAGUAUACAAAGAUGGUAUUCCUUCCGUACUGGUGCCCUAAAUGGAGGACCGAAAGCCAACAAUACUCUUCAGCCUGCACCGAAUCAAAAAGACCCUGACUCAUACUUAUCGCGACCAAUGGCUUCAUUAUCCUGCGGACAAUUACAUAUCUUGAGGAAGCUGGCUCUUCUAAGAUUAACCGCCUGCAUGGAGAGAUACUGCCCAUCACAUAAAUCCGGCUGGAAUUGGGAGCUACCGAAACUUAUACGGAAAAUCAAAACUCCUGAUUAUAAAGAUAAAACAGUAUUUGGUGUACCCCUAACUGUGUCACUGCAAAGGACUGGUCACGCACUCCCCAAACCGAUCCAGUGUGCUUUGAACUGGCUGAAAACCAAUGCAUUAGAUCAGAUGGGCAUAUUCAGGAAGGCCGGAGUAAAAUCAAGGAUUGCGAAACUUCGUAGCGUUGUCGAAGCAGCCGGUGCAGCUAAUGCCGCAUUCGCUAUAGAGAACAUGAACACCAUCGAUCAGAACCAGUCAAGCUUGAACUUCGACGGCGCUCAGGCUCAUGACGUUGCGGACAUGGUUAAGCAAUACUUCAGAGAACUACCCGAUGCAUUACUCACAAAUAAACUCAGCGAAACUUUUAUUGCUAUUUUUCAACAUGUCCCUGAACCUCUUCGUCCUGAUGCAGUGCAAUGUGCAUUACUACUGCUACCCGAAGAGCACUUGGAGGCUUUGCAUUCACUACUCAUAUUUCUUUCUGACGUAGCCGAACAUUCCGCGGUGAAUCAAAUGACAGCAUCGAAUUUGGCUGUUUGUCUGGCACCAACGUUACUGAGGCUGCAUCACGCUCCACCGCAGACUGGGAGCACUAAAGAAGGGAAUUCUAACAGGAUGGUGAUAGAAAGCGUAGCGGAUCAAAGGCAGAUCAGCGAAAGCCGGGCAGCCCACGCUUGUUUACUACUAUUGAUACAGAAACACAUGCAAUUAUUUCUGGCUCCAGCUGACAUGCUGGCCAGAUGCAAAUUCAACUACUUCGAAGAGAGUGUGCCGGUGUCAUUAGAAGAAUUGGGAGCUGAUUUCAAUCAAGACUGGAAAGGUUUUCAGCAGGCCUGCAUCAAAGCUUUAAUCAAAGAAGCCAAAGAAAAAACGAGAGGAUGGAUGUCAGUUUCUGGUGCGGCGCCGCAUGUGGAACUCUGCUGUAAGAAAGUGGGAGACGGUCAUCCACUCAGAUUGUGGAGGGCGACUACAGACGUGGAAGCCCCGCCACAGGAGGUAGUUCAAAGAAUCCUCCGCGAGCGGCAUAUUUGGGAUGAUUCGCUGGUGAAGUGGAGGAUUGCAGAAAAACUUGGUGCCAACGCCGAAGUGUUUCAAUACGUAUCGGCUUCCUGCAUCAAUCUUCCGCCGCGGGAGUACUGCGUUUUGCGGUCGUGGCAGCAAAGCAGUGGUGGGAGCGGCAGCGGGGGUGGGGGCGGGGGCGGGUGGUGCGCCGUGGCGGAGACGUCGGUGGCGCACGGCGCGGCGCCGGCGUGCGGCCCGCGCGGCGUGGUGCUCGCCUCCCGGUACCUCGCGCAGCCGGCCGGCAAGGGGCGCAGCCGCCUCGUGCACCUGGCCAGGGUCGACACCAUGGGUCGAACGCCAGAAUGGUACAAUAAAUGCUACGGGCACAUCUGCGCCCUGUACUUGGCCAGGAUUCGAGCCUCGUUCAAGCACAACACGGAAGGCCCGGAAUCCAACGUAUGAUCCAAGCAUUCCACUUAAGCCAACCUUGGCUUAAGUAGGCGUGGUGACGUCAUCUGUGCGUGAAACGGACUCUAAGGUGAACGGAAUAAGGUCGAUAAUUUCAAUGGGGCCGCUAUCGAUAUAUAUUUAAAUAACAAUAGCGUCGGACCUAGUAGUGGUGUUAAAUGUUAUGUUUUAAUUUUAAAAUGUGUUGUACAAAUUUUACCUAAAAUACUUCUCAAUGUAUGUUCGUGAGUGUUUUAAAUAUUAAAUUAUCGAUAUUCGUGACCAAAAUUUUUAAUCGAUUAUUCGAUUGUUUUUAAUCUCGUUACGAUAAAUGUUGAUGUUAUCGCAUAUCGCAUGCGUAUAUUUAAUUCAUCUCUUUGGGAUUCAAGUUCGUAUUAAGAUUUAAGAUUUAAAAUGCAUAAUAUUAGAUUAAAUUUAUAUAUAUAUCUAAACAUUUAACUACCUCCAUUUUAAAUGUUUUGGAUCCUUGUUAUCCCGUGAAGGGAGCCACCAAAAAGCCUGAAUUAUUUGAGAUAUAUUUAGUAAAUUUAGUUGGAGAAACCCUAUGGUGCGUUGUAAAUAUUUUAUUAAUGCAAUAUGUAUUUCUAUGUCUGAAAAGUAUAUCGUAGUGUUGAUGUGGAUGUUUUUAAUAUCGACAAAAAUAAUUCAUAGAAUUUAAUAAACUCGAACCUUACUCAUACUAGAAUAUUAAAAAAAAAAAAAAAAUUUUUGUCGAUAUUAAAUCCAUUCAUGUCGACAACAGAAUAUAAUAAAUCUUUAAAAAAAAAAACUAUAUGAAAUAAUAAUAUUUUACCAUUAACAUAUGUAAAGUUAUCGUUACAUAUCACUAGUCAUAUUUUAUAAAUAAAAACUUUAAAGUAAUUCAAUAUUGAAAUAAAUGGAUCACAUUCAAACCGUACCUGCUGUGUGUUUAGGAAUUAUAGGGUUAAAGAUACGUACAUAGCUUCGUUGAAAAUUAUUAAUAACUUCGUUAUGACUCACUCAAAACUCAAGUACAGACAACAAAAUCACUACACAAUGAGAUUGUUUUUCUGUAAUGCGAGUGUCGCUUUAUUUUUCAUCAUUGUUAACAUAUCGAUCCGAGUUUUGUCAUAGUGCGACUAGUUCUAGACGAUAAUUGUCAUUGCACACAAUAAACUCGCCUUUUUCGAGAGUCCUGUGUGCUCAGUGCGAGUUUUGCCGCUAGAGGCGCUGUUCUAACUGCAUACAAAAUUGGGUUAACUUUUACGCUAUCGAGAAAGUUAAAAAACUCGCACUAAGCACACUGUUGUGUUUAAAAAAAAAACGAAAAACUGGAAAAUAUUUUUCUUAUUUAAAACAUACUUUUGACGCUUUGUUUUCCGGUUUUUUUUUAACAUUCACAAAGUUACAAAACAUAAAAUAUAGUCUUAUUGAAUUUGAAUUUUGUUACUAGCUCCUGUUCUGACAGAGUAGUAAAGUAAUUUCUGUGGUACCUACUCGGUCGUAUUUUUAAGAAUAAUUAUCAUUGUUCUGAAUCAAGAAUAUUGUAGAAUCUCAAUAAUUUUCUUACAUUGGGUCGAAAUAAUUACUAUUUAUUCCCGGAAGAAAAAAAGUAGUAAGUCGAUCGCGUUGUAAAAAGUCUGAUUGUAAAUAGUUGUUUAGCAAUGUCUAGGUGUUAUAAGCAUCACAAUUUUUAAUAAUAAUAUUAGCAAUAACGUUUAUUUUGGAAUGUUCUGGAAUACUUCGAAGUUAUAGAAUCAAGCGCUAAUUCAAGAUGAUUUUUUUUUAAUUCGAAUAAAAUUCUAAAAGAAUACCGUCGUUCAAAAUACAACUUAGACUUUAGGAUUAUUUUUAUUUUCAUGCUGCCAGGCAAUUUUAAAUGUCAAAUAACCCGGUCAAAUAAAAAAGUUCGUUCAUAUUUUUAUCGGUGGGCCUUUAACAGAAGAGUUCGAUAGGGUCAGUUAGUUGUAUGACGUUUGUUUCUAUAAUAUAGUGAUACCUUAAGUGUAAACCCUAAACAAGACCCUAAAAGCGCCGAUUAAAUAUUUCUAUCACGACACAACUCUGAUAGCAUUGUUAUUCAUGAAUCGGGUCGCCUUCGCGCCAUUAUCUCGUAAUAUCGGGCCAAUCUAUCAAAAAUAUCCGAAUCUCUUUGUAGUCAUAUGAAACUCUUCGAAUACAUUGAUUCAAAUCCUCAAUGCCCGUAUCAUGUUAUAAUUGUUGAUAGGCUGUUGAAUAGAGCAGCGAGAGACUGCUAAAUCGGGACCCGUUCUGGAUCGAAUCAGAAUCUCUAAAAAAGGUAUUCGGAUCAUUCUAGAUCAUGUCUCCUAUCGCUUUCUUCUACUUAAUAAGAGAAAAAUGAUAAGUGCCAUUUACACGCAGUACAGUUGCAUCGCUUGCAAUACUGACUUAGAAAAAAAAACUUUCUCGGCCAUAAACACUUUUGUCGACGUUUGAAAUUGCAUGCAAUAAUCGCGUGACAACGUUCCGACUCUGGUUUCGUUUUAUAGUAACGCAAUAGUUGAGAUACAAAUAAAAAAAGUGGUCUUAUUGUGUAACGAAAAACAACCAGCCAGUAUCAUAUCGACGCUUGAAAGGCAAACGUGACUAAGCGACAAUAACUGCUUUGUACUUAAAUGAUAGGCAAUAACAAUACUCGAUGCGCAAAAAAAAAAAAAAAAUCUAGGUCUAUUAAAAUCAUUUUAAUCCUACAGCUACUAGCUAGAUUCUACUACAACUAGAUUCGUUAAAAUAAAUUUUGUUUUCAGGUAUUUCAACUUUAAAUUAGUCUACUGUAAAGUACACGCAUUGUCGCUUAGUCACGUUUGCCUUUCAAGCGUCGAUAUGAUGAGAAAAGUAUUAUUUCAAUUUUCUCUGGGAUCUUUUUUUCCUUCAUAUCAUUUAUAAGAAUUGUCAACAGCCAACUCUAAAGAAAAUCAAUAAGAUUUUCCCAGUAUAUUCCAUAGAUUAGUAAUAUAUAAAUAUUAGUAAUAUAUAAUCAUCGUCUUCAACUGGCGACGUAAAAACCUCAUAAGAUGACUACCGACUAUGACCAUAGUAAAAGACAGGAUUUUCUUCGAAGUUUUUCCCCAGAGAACAUUCCACAGAGAUUUUCCUCAUAAAAUAAACACUUCAAAGCCAAAUAUCGCGUUAUGAAGAUAUUCUUGUAAAUAUUAAUUGAUAUUAUGAUCUGUAAUCUCAAAUGGUUAUUGUAAAAUUAGUUACCUACUUUAUCACAAGUUCUCGGUGCGUUUCUAGUAUAUAAAUGUUAUAUUAUUAUGUAUAUAUUAUGUAGUUAUACGCCUUAAGCAGCAACAUACAUGUUUGAGAGAGUUAGGGAAAUAGCACAAUACAAAUAUACUUUUGUUUAUAUCAGAUUACUAUUGAGCCUGUCAUUAACAAUGGUCAUAAAUGUAAUCGCCACGUUGAUUGUUUCAAUACUGUCGUUAAGAAAUAAUUACCUUGGACAGGUUGACUACUGGGCAACAUGCAAUUAUAAUUUAUAAAAUACAUAACAAAGUCAUUUUGAAAGCAAUGUUAAUUUGUAAUAAUUAAAAAAACAUAAUUUUAAUGUCUGUCACUUAAAAAAUAAUAUUCGGCGUUUGCUUUGCCAAACAAGAUCUGAUGAAAAAAAAUACAUGUAAUGUUGCUGUAAGUUGCAUUUAAAUAAUAAUAAUAAUAAAACAUCACAUUAUGAUAUAUUAUUAUGUAAUUUUAUCUGUGACGUAGAGGAAAGGAUAAGUAAAUUUGCUAAAGUUCAUAAGUCCCUGACAUAUUCUAUAGUAAUACAUACAUACAAAUACCUAUGAAUGUUUGCAGUCCCUGCGUCAUUGUAGUACAAAACUGAUACUUACCUACGUAAUAUUAAAUUCGUUAUUUGUAAUGUUGCACGGAGAUUUUUGUCGAAGAAACAUGUCACCUUUUGGACAUGAUUCAAGCGUUAUCCUGUUUAUAAUAUUCGAAAUUCAAUAAUUGUAUGCGUGUUAUAAUCUAUAAUAUAAAUGAUAUGGCUAUCCUAAAUUAUUGACCCGUAUUACAUAUGUUUCCAGUUUGUAACAAUCAUUCCAAUUUCAAUAUAUUUCUAUAUUUAUUACCGUGUUGAGGGAUUAUAUAAUAUAUAAUAAUAUAUAUAAAUGUUUAACGUAUUUUUGAAGUUAAUCUUCUGCACUCUUACAAAUUGUUAAUGUUUUUAUCGGAUAUAAUUCUCUUCAGGGCAUAUUAUGUAGCGUAAAUGUGAAAUAGCAGAAUUAUUCACCGUAAAAUACUCUUUGUCGGUUAGUUAUAUUUGUGUAAAAUAACUAACACAUUGUGAUUUUAUUCGAUAUGGAAAAAUAUAUGGACCAUAUUUUACUGAAUUAA